AUGGUCAACACGAAGCUGGAACUGGAGCCACAAGCUACGCGAUUUGACGAACUAGAACUGACCUGGCUUCUGCUUAAGAGAACAGGUGACCUCGCUUUCGACCACUUGAAAAAGAUCGGCCCUAAUCCGAGUGAGAUUCCCACUCUUGCUGACACAAUCCUGGUGUCCGAGCCCGAAGCUGCUGCCUUCUUCGCUAUUCGAGACCACCAAACCAGCAGUGGUAUGAAUCUAGUUGUAGAUGAUUGCUUCAUCCUUUGCGAUGCUGGUGGCGGAACGGUGGACGUGGUUUCUUACCAGGUGAAGAAAGUCACGCCGCACCUUCAGCUUGAGAAAGUGACUGAACCUUCGAGUGGUAAGUAUGGCUCUGCUUUCAUCGACAUCGCCUUCAAGCGUUGGCUGCGCCAUGUUCUUGGAGAUGACUGCUAUGCUAAACUCGACCCUCUUAAUGCCCGAACUCGAAUCAGUACUCAUAGCGUGGAAAGUGGUCCUAUGCGCAAGCUGUUGGAACAGUUCAUAGUCAAGAAGCAACUGUUUUCCAACUCGACUCAGAAUAUCAAAAUAGAUUUGCCUGAACCUCUUAACAUGAUGAACAAAGAAGGCAGAGUAAGGCAGGGUGAGUUGACAAUUUAUAGCGAGGAGAUGAAGAACUUAUUUGAUGAUUGUGUUGAUGGUGUUAUCAACUUGCUGGACGACCAGAUUAAGAAGCUCCGAAAAGCCAAGCAGCGGAGAGCGAGAGAUGUCUUUCUCGUUGGGGGCUUUGGCGCUUCACCUUACUUGAAAGAACAAUUGAAAGAGUCCUUGGAUGACUUACGCAGAUCAAAGCUGCGGCGACCAGAAUCUGAAAAAUCUCUUACAGCUGUGGUACAAGGUGCCGUCAUAUAUGGUGUCGAAAAGUCUCGUCAUAAAACAAUAAAGUACAUGUCGGCUAUCACAGAGAGCUUUGGUAUUGUGCUCAACGACCGUUUCGAGUGGCUCGUCCGAAAGGGUGAUUUGGUUUUGUCUUCCGAGAAGAGGAGCAUCUACAGCAAACGCUUCAGCCUCACUUCAGCAAUCCCUUCAUCGGGAAAGUACGACAUGCCCAUCUAUCGUUACAAGAAACGUUUCGAGGAUGAUGACGAUGUCCCUGAUCUAUGGGGGGAUGGACAACAUGGUGAGUGA